GGUGAAUGGCUGCAUCAUUGAGUGACUUUUUUCGCAUGUCCAAGGCAACCAAUUCAGUCUACAUGACUGAAGAUGGCCAUUUGAACAAUUGAAGGAAAAGCAGCUUUUAAAUCUUCUGGAUAGCAAAGGCUUUCAAGAUGCCGGACGACCUUGAGGAACGCCUCAAAAACCAUUCCCGCUCUUUCGAUAGCCUCCUCUCACUCAUCCCUGCGAAGCUAUACUACGGUGAAGAUGUCAGCGUAUGUAUCACAUCUUAAUUCUCGCCAACCUCGUUGCUCACUUCCGCCCUAGGAUCAGUGGCAACGCAAGAAGCAGACGCCUGAACAGAGGAAGGCUGCAAAACUUGCAAAGUUAGAUCCUGAUAAUUGGAAGAGUGCCAAAGAUGUCAUGGACGAAAGAGCUGCAGCCGACUUGAAACGGAAACGCCAGGAUGAGGAAGACGAACAGUCUCUUGACUCGGAUGAUGAAGCCGCCUCGGAGACAGAACUACCCAAGGCAAUUCAAGACGCCGAAAAUCAAAAGUCCAAACGGCGGAAGAUCGAAGCAACAGAAAGGAAUCAAGACCAGAAUUCUGCUCAACCUAUUGAAACUGAAGAGCAGCGGAUACAACGGAAAAAGGAGCAUGCAGCAGCCAAAAAGUUGAGACGACAGGAAAAGAAAGCCAAAGCAUCGGCUAAAUUGGAGCGACAGCAGGCAAGAAAGAAGGCUCAAGAUCAACAGAGCCCUGAUAAUCAAUCAGAGCCAUCUAAACAGAAACCGGAUAUCAAUUUGACUGCCCCUGUCGACUUGCAACUGCCCUCUGAGGACACCUCCACAGGACAGCAAGAUGCUGGGUCUGUAACUUCCAACUCUGACGCCGAGCCGCCUGCAGUCUUCUCACCACCACAUGAGUCCGGGACUUCUUCUUCCUCCACUUCCUCGUUACUUCCUCCUGCCACUGAAGAAACAAAGCCCUCAAGUUCGGCAAUCACAAAUAGCAACGACGACGGCCAGACUCCACGUGAGCGUCUGCAAGCUGCAAUUUCACAGUUGCGAGCCGAUCGCAAGGCAGACGGUCCUGGUGCGCGAGGGCCCAAGUCUCGUCAAGAGCUUCUUGAGCAACGUCGCCGCAAAGAAGAGGAACGAAAAGCUACCAAGAAGGAGCAAAAGCGGAGGGAAAGGGAAGAAGAAGCUCGCCGACAAGACGAGGAGAUUGCACGACGCUUCUCUCCUGGUGGAUCAGGAUCGUUACUGGCCUCACCUCGGUCUCCUGUCGUCGACCAUACAUCCAAUCACAACUUCAGCUUUGGCCGGGUUGCGUUUGACGACGGCAGCCAGCUUGACCCAUCCUUGUCCAACUUCCUCUCGGAUCACAGGAAAAAGGGACCGACCGAUACCACUGCUGCACUGAAAAAUGCGCAGGCCAAGAAAAGCAAGCUGGCGGGGCUAGACGAGGCCAAGCGCAAGGAGAUCCAAGAGAAGGAUAUGUGGCUCAACGCCAAGCGAAAGGCGCAUGGCGAGCACGUACGAGACGACACCAGCUUGUUGAAAAAGGCACUCAAGAGACAGCAAGGCCAAAAGAAGAAGAGUGAAAAGGAGUGGGCCGAGAGGACCGAAGGGAUCCAGAAGGCCCAGUUUGCCAGACAGAAGAAACGCACCGAGAAUCUUGCCAAACGCAAGGACGACAAACAGGCUGGCAAGGGCAAGAAGCUGAAGCGGCCCGGUUUCGAAGGCAGUUUCAAAGGCAGGACAGGAGGCAAAAAGAAAUCAUGAUGCGGCCAAGUGCUUGGGAUAUGAUCACUCCAAGAGACACUCGCAGCUGACUGGUACUUUGUGCGAUUCAUAGUUGGCUGGUGCCAGUAAGGCCUUGACGAUUUCCACUACUCAAUAGCACUUGUUGAUUUAGCCAUGACUUGGAUGGCUCAGUAUGACCAAGAGAACACAAGGCGAACCGUUGGCAUUCCAAUUCCCUGACAGUCGACAUGUUAUGACCUUGCAGUGCCGGCUUUGCUUCAACCUCUGCGUUGUCUUCUAUGCAAACCAGUGUCCUCAUCAGUCACCGUCUAAAGCAAGCAUUGACGUAGACUGUGCCAUGGCCCUAACCUUUCUCAUCUGUACCAAAGCGAGGCUCGCUGUUCGCUUUUGGUCUCCGCUCACUCACUAGCACAGUCUCUGGGCAGGCUGAGUAUUGACAACAUUUCGGAUGGUGGGCCAUGACUGCGGUGACAUUCGUGGUGUAUCUUGCUGACUCGCCACGGGUGAAGUGGAAUAGUGUUUCGUGCCAUCACACUGGUAUCAUCCUGCAGUUGCCCACCUUCCACUGGCUAAGCCAAGGACAGGCAUGUUCCGAC